GUGGUGUUAUGUCUGUGUCUAUUUUUACAAUCACAAAAGUUUAUAAACACCGUUAGAUUCGCUUUGUUUACGUUUUCAGCGCUCAGCUUAAUAUUUGGGAGCCGAUCCAAAUCGGUUUACAUCACACUAUAUACGAUGGCAGGUUUAAUGGCAAAACCAAAGAGUGAGAUGACUCCAGAAGAGUUAUCACAGAGGGAACAGGAGGAGUUUAACACUGGACCAUUGUCUGUACUUACACAGUCCGUCAAGAACAACACACAGGUCCUUAUCAAUUGUAGAAAUAACAAAAAACUGCUGGGCAGAGUAAAAGCUUUUGACAGGCAUUGCAAUAUGGUUCUGGAGAAUGUGAAGGAAAUGUGGACAGAGGUGCCAAAAACUGGCAAGGGCAAGAAAAAAUCAAAGCCUGUGAACAAAGACAGAUUCAUCUCCAAAAUGUUCCUCCGUGGUGACUCUGUAAUACUUGUACUUAGAAAUCCACUUGCCACCGCUAAAUGAAGGACUUUCAUAUAGUCUUAAAGACUGUUUAGACAUUGUUGUGCAAAUAUUUUUACAUGUAAGGGAUAAGUACAGUUUUUGAACAUUUUGAUUUUGUUUUUCAAAUGAACAAAGGUCAAGUAAGGAUACUUAGACCUAAGAUCGAGGUGUUAUGAAGAUAUGAAGUAGAUUUAAAGAUUGUAUAUGAAAUCUUAAUGUUCUAGGUCUUACUCUUUUAAUAAGAAUGAGAACAUGUUUGUUUCUUUCAUGCAGAUAACCAUCUGUUAGAAAAUUACAUUUUGAAAAUAGUUUCAUUAUAAGUCAUUUAAAUUGUUAAUUAUUUUGUAGAUGAUAGUUUUAACUUACAAAAUAUUUGACUUGUUAAUUUCAUUCAAAAUUAAAUCAUGUAUUCAUUCCAUGUUCUUUUAUUGCAAAUCAUUAAAGAUGUAAAUACAUUUCUAUUGUCAUCCACUCAGUGUUACUCUUCAAAAGAAAUAUUUGAAGUUAAAGAA